CUGUAACCUGACCUGAGCUCAGCCAGGCUGCCACUCUAAACUCUUCACCUUUACCAUUUUCUAGACGUGUCUACUCCAACCUUUCUUUUUAGCACACGUCCUGCCUCAGCUCUCUGCAGUAAAGUUCAGUGAGGCAAGUCAUCGCACAAGUGUCCCAGGGGCAGGAGGCUUUCAUCAAGUUUCCCACAUCCUUUUCUUCCGGAUAAUAAACUAAUUUAUUCGAACCGUCCGGGGACCGGGACACGGGAAACAUGGCUGCUAUUUCAGCCUGGUUCUGGAACGAGAGGUUCUGGCUCCCACACAAUGUAACCUGGGCGGAUCUGGCUGACCCAGCUCCCGGGGUGGAGUACCCCAAAGCCGGACACUUGUUUUCUGCCUUACCGCUGGCUUUGGGGAUGUUCGCCUUCAGGCUUCUCUUCGAAAGGUUUAUUGCGAGCACUUGCGCCCGGAGACUCCACAUCCAGCCCGGUGCUGGAAGGAGAGCUCAGCCCAAUGCAGUGCUGGAGAAAGUGUUUACAUCCAUCACCAAGAAUCCAGACUCUCGCCAUCUGGACGGCCUGUCCAAGCAGCUGGACUGGGAGGUGCGAAAGGUCCACCGUUGGUUCAGAAACCGCAGGAACCAAGAUAAACCCAGCACACACACUAAAUUCUGUGAGAGCAUGUGGAGGUUUACAUUUUAUUUGUUCAUAUUUACCUGUGGGUUCCGGUUUCUGUGGCAGUCUCCUUGGAUGUGGGAUACACGGCAUUGCUGGUACGGUUAUCCCUAUCAGGUCAUGACUCCGGGUCUUUACCGCUACUAUGUGACAGAACUGGCCUUCUACUGGUCCCUCAUGUUCUCCCAGUUCACUGACAUUAAAAGAAAGGACUUCCUGAUCAUGUUCAUCCAUCACUUAGCGACUGUUGGCCUGAUCAGCUUUUCUUACGUCAACAACAUGACACGAGUUGGGAGCCUUGUGAUGUGCGUACACGAUGCCUCUGACUUCCUGCUGGAGGCAGCCAAGCUGGCAAACUAUGCCAAGUUCCAGCGCUCGUGUGACUUCCUCUUCAUUGUGUUUAGUGUGGCGUUCUUCAUCACACGACUAGUUAUAUAUCCAAUAUGGGUCCUGAACUCCACUAUGUUUGAGAGCUGGGCCAUAGUCGGGCCGUACCCGUCCUGGUGGCUCUUCAACUUCUUGCUGCUGGUUCUCCAAGUGCUGCAUAUCAUCUGGUCCUACCUCAUAGCACGUAUAGCUGUCAAAGCCAUGCUGCGGGGCAAGGUGUGCAAAGAUGUCCGCAGUGACAUAGAGAGCAGCUCAGAGAAUGAGCCCGACACGCCCACAGAAGGCCCCAAGGCUUAUUGUCAUUCUCCCAAGGGAGAAAACGGCACUAACGGCCACUGUGCUGCUGCCAAAGCUCGACUGCAGAACCACAGCAGCUGGUGACACGAAGCUGGGAGCCCCCUGCAGUUCAUCCCUCACAACUUCUCCAAGAGCUUUGUUUGUCUUUUGGAAUUCCCUUGACGUGCAAGACUCGCACAUAAACACACACACACACACAGAUUUGUGAACUGACGAUGGAUACACUGACAUUUGCUUUGAAGAGCCCCGUAAUGACAUGUACAGCACAGCUCAAGAGGCUACAUGUAAAAGUGGAAAUGAUAUGGAAAUCAGUUGACGCAAGCGAUUUACAUAUAGUCUUAUUUUUCAAACGAUGGGAUUUACUUUGUGCUGCAGAUGUUGAUUGGUUUCAGUGUUCUCUCCCAGUUUUAUUGGUCGGAUGAACUUGAUUGUUUUUGUGUUAAGGGUUAAUUCACACUGCAUCACAAAGGGCAGAAAACACUAAUAUGUGAUGUUACAGCAGGUAUUAUAUAUAUGCAUAACUGUAUAAGUAACUUAUUAUGGCUGUGGUUUUAUCAGCUCUUAAAAUAAGGGCACCUGCAGUAAGUGUGUGUGUGUGACCAGAAGUGCACACUUGAAAGUUUAUACAGCAGUUUUUGCCUUCUGCGAUUUAUUGUGGAUUAUUCCUUUAACGACGUUGUUUGGCAACUUUGUGACUUGUUUAUUUCUGUUUUACGGUUGUUUUUUUACGACUUCUGAGACCAAAUGUUUAUGAGAUUUGUCACAAUCCUAUGCCUAUAAAGGAGGAAUCCAGGUAUGAGGACUAUACUAAAUGUCUGGUAUCAUGUUCUCACUUGAGUGCCUUGUAAAGAUAUAUUUCCAAAUAUACUCUGUUGUUGAAA